AGACAAUCCACCCACCAGUGUCAAAUCCCUCUCCUCCCUCUCUUUCGCUCCCUCUCCUCCCUUUCGUUUGCUCCCUCUCCACACACACCCCCCCUCUGUCCGCCUGUCUGCGCAAAAAAAAGGAAGAAAGAUCAACAAUGAGCUCCCAGCAAGCGCCCCCCCGGUCGACGCCGGCCGACAAGCGUGCCCCCCAGGGCCCGCCUCCUGACCCCCGGAUCCGGCGGACCGAGCAGAUCCGUGAGCUGAAUGAGGUGGUCCGGGACCAGCGCGCCUUCGAGCUGCUGCAGUCGACCGCCGAGCUUGAGCGCCAGACCAAGGCUCUGAUGGAGCUCUGUUCGCAUACCAUUGGCAACGUCCAGUCGCAGAUGCACGCGAUGUCCGGCAUCACUCUGCAGGCGGUGGAGAUCUUGGCCUCGGCCGCCGAGAAGGCCAAUGCCCAAACCACCAAGGCCAUUGACGAGGCGCACGAAUUCUUGCUUACCGCUGACCAGAUCUCCGCCAGCAUGGAGCCGGUCAUCCAGCUGGCCGAGCAAAUUAAGGACGUCCGGCGGACUCUCACCGUCUUGGAGGCUGCCUGCGAGUAGACGCGCAUCUCAGGCCAUCUCUUUCUCCAUGUAUCACGGUCAGUCGGAGGCCGACUGACCGGCGCAAGGGGAAGGGGUCUCCCAAGGUGUUGUUUCCUCUGGGCAAGCUCGCGGCCCUGCAGCCAUCCCUCUCAGCGGCCUCAUGCCGCACACGCCCGAAUGUAUGCCACUAAAUCGCCAAAUAUCCAGAGA